AUGACAACCACAGACCUAAACCUCGGCCUCAAUCUCCUGAGAUUGGCCCCUCUGGUCAUCUCAACUGCGUCCGUGAUGUGCGGAAUUGACCAAACCACCGCAAUUCGACCCUUCGCGCAGCCUGCUCUCGCUAAAGCCGGUGGACCUGUUCUCCCACAUUGGUUCCCGGGCUUCUUCGAUCGCACCAUCGCCGUUGUGGGCGCCUCGUAUCCGCUUGCAUUUGGAACAGCGCUGAUCAAUACGUGGAAAUACGGGGCCACACUCGACCCCAUCACGAAGUACUUCUACUGGGCUGGAAUGGUGUUCUCCGCGGGGCAUUUUCUCUACGGCCCGGGAGCGAUGAAGAUCAUCGCACGGAUCUGCGAGAAGGAAGAGCCGGGCUCGAAAAACACCCAGGCGACACACGAGUGGCUCGCUAUGAACUUCAUCCGCAUGCUGACGGUUGAUGGACCCGGCUGGAUCAUGUACUUCUGUGCCGUGUUGUCUGCAGUGCGUUUCCCGUAA